AUGAGUAUCCUAGCUGUGACAUCCGCAAUGUUGAUUGUUGGUAUUAAUCGAUUUAAUGUGAGCUUAAUGUAUCCAACAUUACUCGCUCGUAUGUUGUUUAUCAUUUUUGUGCAGGUUUUCGGUGUGUCAACUGUUGUCGCUCCGCAUCGAACACAUUCACGAUGGGAGUCGUAUCGAGAGAAGACGGAAGAGGAGCCGGAGUCGAAUGUAGCGCUACGAUUAGUGGUGCUUGUAUUCGCCAUGCUCAUCAUUACCAUAAUUGUACUUUACUGUAUCUAUCUGGUGGUACGUUGUAUACAAUAUGUGAAGUACUACUGCCGAAUGAAGGAACGCCGAGAGUCACUGAUUCAAGCUGGUAUGAUCGAUCCAGACGCUGGCUCACGUCGAACAUCGUCGUUGGCAGGAGUGGCGGCAUUCUUAGCUGAUCGUUAA